AAAGACAACUGUGGUUAAAAGAGGUGGUUAAGCCAGGCCAGCAUCACAUCAGAGACAGCCAACGGUCAAUUCUGGGCCGUCCGUUCCCUCCCAAUCUUAACCAAACCCUAGACCUCAGGUUAAGUUUUGCAUCUGCCACUUCCUAUUUCCAGUUAUAAAUACCUCGCCCAAACCCCCCCCUCAGAUCUCAUCUCAAUCUGAAAAAGAGGGCGUCUUAAUAAACGCCUUCGACUUUCUUCUUCGUGAGAGUCUCUUCUUCUUCUUCUUCUUGUUUUUUCGUCGCGUUUAAUCGAUCAAAAUGAGAGAGUGCAUUUCGAUCCACAUCGGUCAGGCUGGUAUCCAGGUUGGCAAUGCCUGCUGGGAGCUUUACUGCCUUGAGCAUGGCAUCCAGCCUGAUGGCCAAAUGCCUAGUGACAAGACCGUUGGUGGAGGAGAUGAUGCCUUCAACACCUUCUUCAGUGAAACCGGAGCUGGCAAGCAUGUGCCUCGUGCAGUCUUUGUUGAUCUUGAGCCCACUGUCAUCGAUGAAGUGAGGACUGGAACUUACCGCCAGCUCUUCCACCCUGAGCAGCUCAUUAGUGGCAAGGAAGAUGCUGCCAACAACUUUGCCCGUGGCCACUACACCAUUGGCAAAGAGAUCGUUGAUCUCUGCUUGGACCGUAUCCGUAAGCUUGCUGACAACUGCACUGGGCUUCAAGGUUUCCUUGUGUUCAAUGCUGUUGGUGGAGGCACUGGCUCUGGUCUCGGGUCUCUUCUUUUGGAGCGUUUGUCUGUUGACUAUGGAAAGAAGUCAAAGCUUGGGUUCACUGUGUAUCCCUCUCCACAGGUCUCUACAUCUGUGGUUGAGCCCUACAACAGUGUCCUCUCCACCCACUCUCUCCUGGAGCACACAGAUGUUGCUGUGCUACUCGACAAUGAGGCCAUCUAUGAUAUCUGCAGGCGUUCUCUUGACAUUGAGCGACCCACCUACACCAACCUCAACCGUCUUGUGUCUCAGGUCAUUUCCUCUUUGACUGCCUCUCUGAGGUUUGAUGGUGCUCUGAAUGUGGAUGUGACUGAAUUCCAGACCAACUUGGUGCCAUACCCCAGAAUCCACUUUAUGCUUUCCUCUUAUGCACCAGUCAUCUCUGCUGAGAAGGCUUACCAUGAACAACUCUCAGUGGCUGAAAUCACCAACAGUGCAUUUGAGCCCUCGUCUAUGAUGGCCAAGUGUGACCCUCGCCACGGCAAAUACAUGGCUUGCUGCCUCAUGUACCGUGGUGAUGUUGUGCCCAAGGAUGUGAAUGCUGCUGUUGCCACCAUCAAGACCAAGCGCACCAUUCAGUUUGUAGACUGGUGCCCUACCGGAUUCAAGUGCGGUAUCAACUACCAGCCACCCACUGUUGUCCCAGGAGGUGACCUCGCCAAGGUUCAGAGGGCUGUGUGCAUGAUCUCCAACUCGACCAGCGUUGCUGAGGUGUUCUCCAGAAUUGACCACAAGUUUGACCUGAUGUAUGCCAAGCGUGCCUUUGUGCACUGGUAUGUGGGUGAGGGUAUGGAGGAAGGAGAGUUCUCUGAAGCCCGUGAGGAUCUCGCUGCCCUUGAGAAGGAUUAUGAAGAAGUCGGUGCCGAGUCUGCCGAGGGUGAGGAUGAUGAAGGGGAUGAUUACUAAGAAGUCACAGAUUGAAGUUUCAACUAUCCUUUGUUGUUAUGCUUUGUAUGUCGUUUUCUGUCAUGUGGUGAUGAUACCUGUAAGACUUGUGUGUUAAUGGUUUUCAUUCUAUACGCAAUGUGAUGAUAUGGUUUAGACUCGCCGGA